UUGUACUAUAAAUUUCUCUAGCUUUGGCAUUGGUAUUUAGGUUCAGCUACUCCACUGUCAAGUGGUUUUCCUCCCGAAUUCAUCGUUCUCUCAGUUCAGCAGUGUCGGAAGAUCGAAAGAUGUCGUGGCAGGCGUACGUCAACGACCACCUUAUGUGCGACGUCGGGGAUGGUAAUACCCUCACCGCCGCUGCCAUCAUCGGCCACGAUGGCAGCGUCUGGGCCCAGAGCGCCUCCUUCCCUCAGCUCAAGGCCGAGGAAGUGAGUGGAAUCAUGAAUGACUUUGCCGAACCUGGCUCUCUUGCACCAACUGGCCUGUUCCUUGCUGGCACAAAAUACAUGGUAAUUCAAGGUGAACCAGGUGCUGCCAUUCGAGGCAAAAAGGGAUCUGCAGGUGCUACCAUUAAGAGGACCGGCCAGGCCUUAAUUAUUGGCACCUAUGAUGAGCCACUGACUGCAAGCCAGUGCAACAUGGUUGUUGAAAGGCUUGGAGAUUAUCUUAUUGACCAGGGUCUUUAACUAUAUAUAUUCUUCGUAACUGGUAGUACCGCUUACAGAAUUUCUUUGGAUCCUUUACAAGCUUUGCAUCUAGAUUGUCCGCCAAUGAAAUGAUUGCAGCGAAAUCCUUGUACUAAGAUUGAUUGGGAAAUCAGAUUUGAAGUAAUGCUUCAUCGGCGCGUGAGAAGUAGAGAUAUCAUCGUCUGUUUCUGGAUUUGACAGGGUUUUCUUUGUAUUCUACCUUUAUGAAAAGUGGUACUAUGAUGAUUUCAAGCGAGGAAUUGAUCUUUUUUUUUUUUCUGAUUUUGAAUUUUUUUUUAUGCCCAUUUGGUUUACAUUUGACACUUGGCUUUUGUAAUUACUGGGGGACGAUGCUUAUUUUAUUUAAUUUAUAUUUGGGCAGAUA